UGCGGAUAAGUUUUUUGGUUUAUAAGAGUCGAGCUAUUUCUGUUUAGAGAAUUUAAGACAUUAACUUUUAUUCUUGAGCUUUUAUUUAUUUACUCUUAUUUGGAGGAUUGAUUACCUUAUAUUAAAACAUUGGGAAAGACAUUAAUUAAUUAUUACUGAACAUAACGAAUGUAGACACAUAGUAAAUGGGGUCAACCCAGUGGUAACUAUUUUCGAACGCGCCCGGCUCGACCCGAAGAUGUGGGUUUUAAUCCGCAACUGCCCAAGUCAUAUCGUUCUCGAAGAUCCAGUGGCAGACCUCGAUUUUGCCCGGACCAGAACCGAGGGCGACGAAGGCUCCGUGGGUCGGGCUCCAUGAUGAAGUGUCAAUGUGACAGAUGGCGACGCCGUGGUUGAUCCUGGACUUGGUAUCCGGAUCCAAUAUAUCCGCUUCGUAGACCCGGACUUUGGGAACCGAGUGGCAGUAAUACACUAGGUACGGGUACAGGGUCUGGUGACAGGACACUGAUUUAGUGACUUUUCCACCGUUGAUUCCCCUGACCGAGCCGAUCAGGAUGUCCUUGCUCGACCCCAGCGUGCUCUCCGUUGACCGCACGACGACGUUUCGCCCCAAAACGCUGGUGGCGAAGUCGAUCAUGUCCUCCACGGAGGUCACGCACCGCUUGGUCUCCCCCCGGCUCGGCGCUCGCUCGCACUCCUUCAGCGCGUCGGAGAGGAUCUUGCCCAUGGUUGAAUCGUCGCCGGCAGCAUGGAAGAGCUCCUUAAGCUCGCCGAUCUUGGAGGUGGAGAAGGGCAGCUUUGUGGCGAUGCGGCGGGGCAAAAAAGACCUUUUGGGCAUCCUGUCACGAAUGUCUGGCAUCGGCAUCACCGUCCCACUCUUCAACAGCUUCUCCCGAAAGAACUUCCCAGGCUCCACCGUCCACCUGCUGCUGCUGCUGGCCUUUCCCUUCGCGAGCGAGUCCGUGACCUGGGAGCUCGCGUUCACAUAAUUCGCAAAAGACACAAUAUUUCCCUUCCGGUCGAUGUCCUUGAAAGUGUUGUUCGGGCCGUAGCCGGAAAAUGUGGUUUUCAGGGAGCCAUAGCUGGUGAAUUUGUCGGAUCCUUCGUUGAAGGUUUUCCCGUAAUUAAGGAAGGCAGUCUCGCCCGAGCUGGAAUCCUUGCCGUACGAUUGGAAAGAAUCGUCUCCCACAUUGGAUUGAUCCCUGUAGGAACUGAAAGUGUCAACGGCGGCGUUACCGCCGGCGCUGUACACCGCAAAGUUGUUCUGGGGGACAUUGCCGUUGAAUCCGUAGCUGGCAAAGGUGUCAUUAGCGGCGUUGGCAGCCUGGCCGUAGGUUUUGAACGUGGACCCGACCACAUUGGAGUUGUUCCCAUAGCUACUGAAUCCAUUCACUUCUCCAUUGCCGUUCUUUCCGUAGCUUGCAAACCGUUGGUCGCCGGUGUUGGCAUCCUGCGCAUAUUUAGUAAAUCCCUGCCCCCGCCCGUUGCUGUUGUCGGAGUAGGAGGUGAAUCCAAUGCCGACCGAAUUGACGUCCUGCGCGUAGGUCGAAAACUCCCCAUCCCCGCCUGUGGAUCUGGCGCCGUAGGUAUUGAAUUUCUCGUCAAUUACGUUGCCGCCCGUGGCAUAUGCCGAAAACCCUUCACUGUGCCCGGCGGAGUCGCGGCUGUACCGGCGGAACGAAUCGGUCGGGAUAUUAUCGUUCUCCGAGUAUUUCUGGAACGAGUCAAACCCUCCCGCCCUACCCGUCCCGUAAUUGGUGAAAUUCUUUUCAGUGUAGACGGCGAAAUUGGCGUCCUGGGCGUGCUUCUCGAGACUCGGAUUCAAAUCGGGGAAGCAGAGCAGAUUGGCGGAGGAGCAAAACCCGGCAAGCUGAGCGGCGAGGGACUUGGGGUCCGCCGCCGCCAGCUUUGAGAAGCUGGCGUACUGGGCGGCGGUCAAGGGCGAGGCCUUGUUGAGCAGAAACCACGGCUUGGGCAACUCAUUGGAAAUCUGAGUCUUCCAGUAGCGAAUCGCAAAAGCCUUGGGCGUGAAGGGGUUGGAUUCGCCGGAAUCCCCACCGCUAAGACUCAC